AUUGCUUUUUGCCCCGUCAAAAUCAUCGACGGAAGAGGGCAAAAAAAAAUUAUGGAUCUGGAGACGAAGACGAAGAUGGUCCAUCCGGUGGCGGAGGCCGACGAGCGCAGCCCCUUCGGCCCCCUCACCGCCGACGAGUUCUACGCCCGCCACGGCGUCACUCACUCAUCCUCCUACUUCGUUAACCCCCGCGGCCUCCGCAUCUUCACUCAGUGGUGGGAACCCCUCCCCUCCGCGCCGCCGCCUCUCGCCAUCGUCUGCAUCGUCCACGGGUUCACCGGCGAGUCCAGCUGGUUCAUCCAGCUCACCGCCGUCCACUUCGCCAAGCACGGAUUCGCCGUCGCGGCCCUCGACCACCAGGGCCACGGCUUCUCCGAGGGCCUCCAAACCCACAUCCCCGACAUCGGCCCCGUCGUCGAUGACUGCGCCACCUUCUUCGACGCCUUCCGCGCGCGCUACCCGCCGUCCCUCCCUUGCUUCCUCUACUCCGAGUCGCUGGGAGGCGCCAUUGCGCUGCUGCUCCACCUCCGCGAAAAGGCCGGGACCGUGGGUCGCGGUUGGGACGGCGCCGUGCUCAACGGCGCCAUGUGCGGCGUGAGCGCCAAGUUCAAGCCGCCGUGGCCGCUGGAGCACCUGCUCUCCCUCGCCGCCGCUGUCGUCCCCACUUGGCGAGUCGCCUUCACGCGCGGAUCCAUCCCGGACGUGUCCUUCAAGGUGGAGCGCAAGCGGCGGCUGGCGCUAGCAAGCCCCUGCCGCACGGUGGCGCCGCCGCGAGCCGCCACCGCGCUGGAGCUGCUCCGCGUGUGCCGGGAGGUGCAGGGGCGGUUCGAGGAGGUGACGAUCCCGAUGCUGAUCGUGCACGGCGAGGCCGACGUCGUCUGCGACCCUGCCUGCGUGGAGGAGCUCCACCGCCGGGCCGCCAGCAAGGACAAGACGCUGCGGAUCUACCCGGGAAUGUGGCAUCAGCUGGUGGGGGAGGACGACGAGAGCGUAGAGCAGGUGUUCAACGAAAUCAUCGAGUGGCUUCGUGCCCGAUCACUUCGCCGUCCGGCGCCCGAGCAGGCUUGAGCCUCGGCUUGGCUCGAUCCAUCGUCCGGCGCAGUCUUCCCUAUUUUAUCGAAUAAAGUAGUAGAUUUGAAAUGCCAUCAGUUGUUACUUUGUGUGAAGCAUCCAGAGUCUUCUGUAACUUGUUCAUCGGUUCGUCCUGUUGUCGUGUUUACUGUAAGAACUGUAAUAGAACUAAUUAUGUUAAAAUAGUAAUAUUUAAUUGUACUAAUAAACGAUGAGCAUACAAUAAACUUUAAUAAUAGCAAA